AUGCCUCAUGGGAUGCUUCUCAGCCAGCGUUUUUCCAAUCCUGUUUUCAAAUUAACUGAGGAUGGUCCCACCUUUGUUCAAUUUGUCUGUGAUGCCCAUGAAUACACUCACCUCUCCCUGGUGUGUCUCUUCCAGACAGAGCAGCUGGUAACCCUUUGGAUCCUCUUUGUCUUCACCAUCGUGGGGAAUGCCUUCGUGCUGUUCUCCACCUGGAAAAGGAAGAGGAAGUCAAGAAUGACUUUCUUUGUGACCCAGUUAGCAAUCACAGACUCUUUUACAGGACUCAUCAACAUAAUGACAGAUAUAAUUUGGCGAUUCACAGGGGAUUUCAUGGCACCAGAUUUGGUCUGUCGGGUGAUUCGCUACUUGCAGGUAGUGCUGCUAUAUGCUUCGACCUAUGUUCUGGUGUCACUCAGUAUUGACAGAUACCAUGCCAUCGUCUACCCUAUGAAGUUCCUUCAAGGAGAGAAGCAGGCAAAAGUCCUGAUUGUGGUCUCCUGGAGCCUCUCUUUCCUGUUUUCUAUUCCUACUCUAAUCAUCUUUGGGAAGAGGAAACUAGCCAAUGGAGAAGUACAGUGCUGGGCCCUGUGGCCUGAUGAUUCCUACUGGAUCCCAUAUAUGACCAUUGUGGCUUUCCUGGUGUACUUCAUUCCCCUGAUCAUCAUCAGUGUUAUUUACUUCAUUGUGAUCCGAACCAUCUGGAUUAAGAGCAAAGCCCACGAUAUGAUCAUCUCCAAUUGCUCUGAGGGAAAAUUAUGUUCCAGCUACAACCGAGGAGUCAUCUCGAAGGCAAAAAUCAAGGCAAUCAAGUAUAGCAUCGUCAUCAUUUUUGCAUUUGUGAUCUGCUGGAGUCCCUACUUCCUUUUUGAUAUUCUGGACAACUUCAGCCUCCUCCCUGAGACCAAAGAGCGCUUCUAUGCCUCAGUGAUCAUCCAAAACCUGCCAGCCCUGAAUAGCGCCAUCAACCCCCUCAUCUAUUGCCUCUUCAGCAACAGCCUCUGCUACCCCUGCAGGGAAAGAAGGAAUGCUCGAGGUACUUUCCAAGAUAAAACAGAGAGGCAUGAGAUGCGCAUGAGGCCCAAGCCAGAAUUCAUUUAG